UGCUCAUCUUGUCCUUCAUGUACUACACACUGUCUUCUGUGGUUUAGUCGAAAAGCCAUGUAGACUUGCCUGCCCUUUGAAGACCACUUUUAAGACUUCUAGUAAGACAGCUGCACUGUUUUUAAAGAAUAUAAUCGUGUAUGUUAGAAAAAUGGAAGUAUUCCAGGAACUUCGUAAGCCAUCGGCACGUUUGGAGUGUGACCACUGCAAUUUCAGAGGCACGGAUUAUGAAAAUGUACAAAUCCACAUGGGUACCAUCCAUCCAGAAUUUUGUGAUGAAAUGGAUGCUGGUGGGUUAGGUAAAAUGAUAUUUUACCAGAAAAGUGCAAAGCUAUUUCACUGCCAUAAAUGCUUUUUCACCAGCAAGAUGUACUCUAAUGUAUACUAUCACAUCACAUCCAAACAUUCAGCCCCAGAGAAAUGGAAUGAGAAACCAAAAAAUCAGUUAAACAAAGAAGCAGAUCCUGUGAAAAGCCCUUCUGUUCCUGAACACCAGAAAAUGGCCUCUAAUUCAGCAGAACUCCUGAAACCUAUACCUGCCCUUUCCAUAGAAACACAGAAAUUUGGCCCAGUUAUGUCUCCAGAAUCACCAAAACCUACUCCUCUUACUUCCCUGGACUCUCAGAAGCCUGGCCCUGUUGCUUCUCCUGAGCCACAGACACCUUCUCUUCCUUCUCCCGAGCCUCCGAAACCUGCCCCUGUUUCUUCUCCUGAACUUCCAAAACCAGUCCCUCUUGUUUCUGAAUCUCAGAAACCAGUCCCUGUUCCUUCUCCAGAACCACAGAAACUUGCUCCCGUAUCUCCUGAGCCAGUGAAGGCAACUCUUACUAAUCCCAAACCCCAGAAACACUCUCAUUUCCCAGAAACAUUGGGGCCACCUUCAGCCUCAUCUCCAGACUCACCAGUUCUGGCUGCCUCCCCUGAACCUUGGGGACCUUCCCCAACAGCGUCUCCAGAGUCUCGGAAGCCGGUCCGGACUGUCUCCCCUGAGCCAAGGAAGCUGUCCCCAUCGGAGUCUCCUGAACCUUGGAAGCCAUUCCCUGCUGUGUCCCCAGAGCCUCGGAGACCAGCCCCAGCUGUGUCACCAGGUUCUUGGAAGCCAGGGCCGCCUGGGUCUCCCAGGUCUUGGAAGUCCAGUCCGUCAGCAUCAUCAGGACCUUGGAAGCCAGCUAAACCUGCUCCAUCUGUGUCUCCUGGACCUUGGAAACCAAUUCCUUCUAUAUCACCUGGACCUUGGAAACCAACUCCAUCCAUGUCCCCUGCGUCCUGGAAGUCUUCAUCAGUCUCACCUGGUUCCUGGAAAUCUCCCCCCGCAUCUCCUGAGUCAUGGAAGUCUGGCCCACCAGAACUCCGAAAGACAGCGCCCACCUUGUCACCUGAACACUGGAAGACAGUUCCUCCAGUGUCUCCUGAGCUCCGUAAAUCAGGACCUCCCUUGUCUCCUGAGCUCCGCAAACCAGGCCCACCACUGUCCCCAGAGAUCCGUAGUCCAGCGGGAUCUCCAGAGCUCAGAAAACCCUCAGGGUCUCCAGAGCUUUGGAAGCUUUCCCCUGAUCAGCGGAAAACUUCUCCUGCUUCACUUGAUUUUUCUGAGUCCCAGAAGAGUUCCCGUGGUGGUUCCCCUGAUCUCUGGAAGUCUUCCUUUUCUAUUGAACCUCAGAAACCUGUCUUCCCUGAGACCCGGAAACCAGGUCCUUCUGGGCCAUCUGAGUCCCCUAAAGCUUCCUCUGAUAUCUGGAAGCCUGUUCUCUCUAUUGAUACUGAGCCUAGAAAACCUGCCCUGUUUUCUGAGCCUACCAAAACAGCCUCUCGUGCUUCUCCUGAACCACGAAAACGUGCUCUUUUUCCAGAGCCCCGGAAACAUGCCCUUUUCCCCGAACUUCCCAAAGCUGCUGUCUUCUCAGAAUCUCAGAAGGCGGUUGAGCUUGGUGAUGAACUACAGGCAGAUGCCAUAGACGAUCAAAAGUGUGAUGUUCUGGUUCAGGAAGAACUACUAGCUACACCUAAGAAACUCUUAGAAGACACUUUAUUUCCUUCCUCAAAGAAGCUCAAGAAAGACAACCAAGAGAACUCGGAUGCUGAGCUUAGUAGCAGUGAGUAUAUAAAAGCAGAUCUGGAUGCGAUAGAUAGUAAGGGCCAAGAAUCGAGCAGUGAUCAAGAGCAGGUUGACGUGGAAUCGAUUGAUUUUAGUAAAGAGAACAAAAUAGACAUGACUAGUCCAGAGCAGUCCAAGAAUGUACUGCAGUUUACUGAAGAAAAAGAGGCUUUUAUCUCUGAAGAGGAGAUUGCAAAAUACAUGAAGCGUGGAAAAGGAAAGUAUUACUGCAAAAUCUGUUGCUGUCGUGCUAUGAAAAAAGGUGCUGUUUUGCAUCAUUUGGUUAACAAGCAUAAUGUCCACAGUCCCUACAAAUGUACAAUUUGUGGAAAGGCUUUCCUUUUGGAAUCUCUCCUUAAAAAUCAUGUAGCAGCUCAUGGGCAAAGUUUACUUAAAUGUCCACGUUGUAAUUUUGAGUCAAAUUUUCCAAGAGGCUUUAAGAAACAUUUAACUCAUUGUCAAAGCCGGCAUAAUGAAGAGGCAAAUAAAAAGCUAAUGGAAGCUCUGGAACCUCCACUGGAGGAGCAGCAAAUUUGA